UUCAUCUUGUUUGUUAGUGAGGCUCAUCAUCCUAACGUCAUCCUCAUCAAUCCUGCCUACGUCUUCUUCGGUCUUCCUCAUCCUCGCCCAUCCAGUACUCCUUUCGGUAAAUUUUCAGAUUAACACCCGCACGAUUUUCACUAGGGUUUUAGGGUUUAGGGUUAGGGACGGAAUCCCCUAACCCUAAAACCCUAACCCUAACCGUAACCGUAAACCUAAGCCUAAAACCCUAGCCCUGACCCUAACACCUUAGUGAAAAUCUUGCGGGUGUUAAUCUGAAAAUUUACCCCCCUUUCAUCUAAGGUCUUGUAUUCCUCCAUCUUAUACUGCUGAGACCCUGUUCUCUCACCACAGUUGUGUUCUAUAUUUCAAGCAAUUUGGCAUUAAACAUCCAGCAGAGAACGUUUGCCACAUUCUUACCAAUCUUUCCCUGUUUUUUCCUCUACAUUCAUAACACACAUUUCACUCCUGUAGACAGAUAUCGUUACUCACAGAAAUGGCUCCCUGAAAUUUUUCUGUUCCCUCCAUACUCCAUGCCCUCACAAUAUCCACCUUUACAGCUCAUUAACUCAUCAGAGUAACAAACUACAAUUAAUUCUAACCUUAUCAAUUAUGAAAUUAGGAAUAACAGUCAUCAUCAUCAUCAUCGUAUAAUGUCCGUCUUCCUUGCUAGCAUGAAAUUAGGAAUAACAAAUUUUCAAGCCUUCCAAGUAUAUUGAGAGAUUUUUCUUAAGCCUUUGUAGUUUUAAAAAUCCACAGAUGUAGAAGGACAGAUACAAAUAAUGAUUACUGUGAAAGAAUCUUCUGGAAACACCAACAACACACAAUCUUUAAAUUGUAAAGUAACAGAUUUAACAGACACACACUUGAAAUGUGAACAUAUUUGGUGGGUACAAGAAAUAGACCAGGACACUCACAAAGAAGUGGUUUUGACCAUUAGUAAACAACCAAAAUUCCAUAAUGGAUAUUUUUCAAAAAUAAGAAUAAGUGACAGACGUACAGCACAGGUUUUCAGCUGCAAAGCUUUGUGUAACUUGCAGACGUUUACUGCCACCUGUCACCUUCCGGAGAAAAAAGAGACUUCAGUGGAAUGCACAACCCAUUUCUUUGCUACGUCCAAAAAAAUUGGUCAGAUUCCAAAUCCAGAAGCAGAAUUGAUUCACUUGAAGAUGGUUUUAAACAUUUUAGUUUUCAUACUGUGUGUUUUAAGUAUCAUUUUGAUUUUGAAUUUCAUUAGUUGUGUUAUCAAGAAGUUCCACAAAAAGACUGCAAAAAAAUCUUCAGGAAUGGAAGAAGAUAUGUCAGACGAUGUUGACAAUACAGAGAAAGAUGAGUUGGAGACAAACAAAUUAAUUGACGAGGAAGUGAAACCUGCCUAUAAACCUCACAACAGACCAAGUAUUUUGUUAAAUGGACAAUUGUUGUUUGAAGGCGACACGCCAUUUGCUAAAGUGACAUACAAGUCUGAUAAACCAGUGAUUUCUUUUGUUGAUAAUACAACAGCUCUUCAAAACUGGGACCCUGGAGUCUCAUGUUUUACUCUGGCACCCAGUGAAAGUGAUUCUAAUGAAGAAUACAUUGAUAAGAAAACAGAUUUGCUUGUCCCAUACAAUGAUUGCUAUGAAAGGAACCAUUCUGCAUCAUGUCCUGAGGUCCUCCAAAGCAUUUUCUAAAUCAAGUUUGAAGGAUGCUUCUUUUGUAACCCUUUUGGCACCAACUGAACCAAAACCGGUUUUCGUUUCAAUGAUACAAAUUUCCUGUUCUAAAGUACACUAGAUUUACAUCUUUCCAUCAAAAUUUCAUGUUAUAUAUCAAACACCAACAUAAUAUGACAGUUAUUUUACAAAAUAUUCCUAAUUAUUAUCAAAAUUUAUUAAAACAAAGGUAGUGUAUUUUAACAAAAGGGUUAAAACUAUUUAUUUAGGCAUUAUAAAUACCUUAUAGUGCUUACUGCCAUCUUCCUAUAUUUUGGUUACUGAUUUAGCAUUUGGUACCAAAAACACUAUUAUCUGUAGUUAUAACUGGAGAUCUGCAACCAGAGUAUAGAAGCUGCGUGCAAAUGUGUGUGUGUGUGUGUGUGGUUGUUCUGUUGAUAAUGACAGUCAAGAUGUAAAAAGUUGAAAGCAUAACUGUUUCCAGAGUAUAGUAGUUGCAUGUUUUGGACAAAGCUAAAUGGUUUGUACAGCUGACCCUGGGACUACAUGACUGAUUAGGUCCAUCAGUCAAGUGUAAAUCAAAAACCAUGUAAAAACAAGGGAGAUAUAUGUCUAAGUAGCAGUAUAGCCUGGCUUUGCCCGGGAUUAAGUUAGGAUUAUUGAGCUAAUCAAGUUCUUUCUUUCAAACCAAACUAAGUAACAUCGACGUCAAAUUUGGGCAGAAUCAGAGUCGCGACGGGAGCUCAUGGGUUGGGAGUUUGAUUGGCAGAGGUGAUCAGGUUACACAUGCCAGCCCUUUGAAAACACCACCCCCAUCAUCUAACCCCUCUUUGCACAUGGGUCGGGAACCCUUCCAGCAAGAAAAAUAGAAUGCUCAAAAGGGCUCCCGAUUCUCUGUCAGAAGUGGUUCUGUUCAGAUCACAACGAAGUCUUAAGUGUAUGUAUAAUGUCUAUUGUUUGUAUUUAACUUCUAAUUUUCAUUAGUUAUGGAAUUUACAGGUAGAAUAGAGCUGCUGUUUUGGAAUUCAUCUUUGAAGGAUAUCCCCAUUCCAUCUAGAAAGGAAUAUUUUUUGUUACUUAUUAAAUUUUUCUAUAUGUGACUGGAUUUUCAUGGAUGAGUUCAUGAACUUUGGUUCUUUUCUCUAAAUUAUAUAUUUAUAUAUUAUA